GACGUUGAAGGUGUGAUGACAUCUCUGGAUCUAAAUCUAGAGGAUUCAAGCCAUGCUCAAGACAACGCACACAGCCACAGCCCAGCAGAACAAGCUGAGGAGGCUGAUUACGGCAAGCCACACUCGCGAAACCCGAGUCUACAGAAUGGGCGGAUAUCAAAACGGAAAGGACCUACAAGUACCGAACUUCUAGACUUCAGCACGAGCGCAUUGGACGGUGGUGGCUGCACUGGUAGAGGGAGCGAUGUCGAGGAAUUGCCGCCCAGGAAGAAGUCAAGGAUUAAGGCACGGACACAGACAGAUAAAGGCAGGGCUUACAUCCAGAAAAAGAUCAACGGUCAUUUGGGCACAACAGCGCACAUGGGCAAGCUCCAAAGGAAACCUGAAGUCGUGAAUAAGAAUCAGAGUGUACGCUCAGAAGCAGCGGUGCGAGCUAUAACACACACACGCAUGCCUAAACACCGAGGGCUGAAUAAAGGGGCUCGCAAGGUCUAUCAGAGCAGGCUAGCCUUUGAACCGGUACGCAAAACGUGA